AUGGAUCAGCAAAAUCUCAACAACGCUCCCCAAGAAAGUGAAGCCAUUUCGGUAAUGCGGAUAAUGGAGAACCAGGCCCAACUUCAAAUGAAGAUGAUGGAACUGCUAGCCAACAUGUCUAGUUCAAGGAACGACACUGACCACGUGGUGACCGCACAAUUAUCUUUAGCCCAGUUUGACCCCGACGAUACAACCUUUUCUACCAAGGAGUGGAUUGAGGAAGUAGAUCGAAUUAAACUCGAAACAGGUAUGUCUGAUACUGUUGUAGUACUGAAAGCUGGGCAAGCCCUGAAACGCCAUGCAGCCAAAUUUUAUCAAAAUUGGAAACCGAUUCUUAGAAAUUGGUCAACAUUUUCUAGGGAUUUAGAGAUAGCGUUCCCUCAGAAAGGAACUCCGGCUACAAGGCUUAAAGAGAGCAUGUUGAUAAGUAGCGCAAAUUUUAGUUCAUUAGUAGAGUAUGCUCAUGUCAAGUUGAAUUCGAUCAGGAAAUUUUAUAAUAAGUUUCCCUGGGAAAUAGUUUUGAGCUUGGUAACACAUGAUAUUACUAAUACCGAAGUAAAGAAUAGAGUAGUAUUACAAGAACCUGAGGACGAGAUGGAGCUGCUGAAAUUGCUUUCUUCAUUUGAUUCCGACGCUCCACUAGUCUCAGAUAAUAGUAGAAAAAGAUCAAAUCAAAUGAAAGUAGAGACAGAAAGUAGAUUCAAUGGUCAAUAUAGAAAAUGUGGUUAUUCAGGACACAAAGCAGAUGACUGCAGAUCGACAAAAAGACGUGCACAAAACCCUCCUUAUGAGAGACAAGUUUUACUUUGUAAUUUUUGCAAAAGAAAAGGACAUCUUGAAAAAUUUUGUUUCGCUAAACGGGAAAAUGCGAAUUCGCUUAACAAAACGUUGAUCGCUAAAAGUUCUUCAAAGAUUUGCCAAUAUCCAGAAGGGGAACUCAAACAUAACGAUAAUUUCGUACAAAUCUCAUAUUUAAUAGAUACUGGCUCAGAUAUAAGUCUUGUGAAAGAAAGUAUUGCUAAGAAAUUGAAUUGCGACAUCGUUCUCAAACAGAAAUUCAUCUCAGGAAUAGGAAAUGUAUUAUGUAAAACUAUAGGAACAACUUACAUUCUAUUUUACAAACGCGGACUUGCCAUAGAAAUUGAAUUUAAUGUUGUUAGUGAUCACAUAAUCCCUCACACAAAUAUUGAUGCGUUAAUAGGAAUGGAUAUUCUCAGAGAAAAAGAUAUUCAACUAAAGGUUGAUAAAAACUGCGUCUACUUUGAAACUACAUUCAGACCCUUCAAAGUCCUCUCAAUCGAUAGUAAAGCCGAGUCAAGAAUAGAUUUGUCAGGAUUGGACGAACAACUUAAGAUUAAAAUCAUGAAAAUUAUAAACGAGUCAGUUCAAUCAAAACCUGAAGCAGUCACCACAGGUAGAUUGAAAAUUCAAUUGAAGGAGGAUAAUCCUAUUGCUUUUCGUGCUAGAAAUUUUUCCUAUCAGGAACGACCGAAAGUUAAAGAAAUAAUCAAAAAACAACUAGAAUCUGGCAUCAUUAGGCCUAGCGAAUCAAAUUAUGCAAGUCCCAUUGUUCUAGUUAGGAAACGUAAUGGUGAGAUACGAUUGUGCGUAGACUAUAGAGAAUUGAACAAAAAGGUCCUUCGAAUUAAUUAUCCUUUGCCGAGAAUUCAAAAUCAAAUAGACCUAUUAGCAAACGCCAAAUAUUAUUCGAAGCUCGAUAUGAAGUCAGGUUUCCACCAAAUGGAAAUUGAAGAAAGUUCAAAACACAUCACAGCCUUCAUAACCCCUGAUGGACUUUAUGAGUAG